AUGAGUGAUCCUCCAGCUAAAUCGCGGGCCCAGCCGGACGAAGAUUCUUCGGUAAGCCUCCCUGAUGAACUUAUUACUGAAGCUCUUUCCUUUGCCGAUGUAAAAACUCUUAUGCAAAUGAGAUGCGUAUCCAAGUUUUGGAAUUCUAUUGUUUCUGAUCCUAAAUUUGUGAAACUUCACUUUAAGCGAUCUGCGCGUAACCCUCAACUGACUCUAUUUUUGAGUAAAUCCCACCUUGAUGGGGAUAACAAUGUUGUACCCUUCUCUGUACGUCGGUUGGUCGAGAACCCAUUGAUCACCCUUCCAAAUAACCCUCAUUAUCGAUUAAGGGACAAGGAGUGCCGCUUUGUUAUUGGUUCUUGCAAUGGAUGGCUUUGUUUGCUUGGUUAUUCUUGCCUCUCUGAAUACAGACAGAUCUGGUUCCGUUUCUGGAACCCAGCCACAGGUAAAAUGUCCCAAAAAUUAGGGUACAUGUGGGAUCAUAUGUUGGGCCUGUAUACUCAUUUUAAGUUUGCGUUUGGUUAUGAUAAUUCAUCGGAGACUUAUAAGAUUGUGUUGUCAAUUUUGGAUGAAGCUGCAAAUAGAACUAAUGUGCGAGUUUUAAGUGUGGGUGAUAAUAAUUGGAGAGCUAUUCAAAGUUUUCCUGCUGUUUCUCUUCCUUUCCGCUAUACUAAUCCUGGUGUGAAUGAUGGUGUGUAUUUGAGUGGUAGUCUUAAUUGGUUAGCUCUUCGCUAUAGCUUUCAAUCUAAUGGUGCUUAUGGUUGGAAGAGCAUUAAUGUUAGGCAGUUUGUGAUUAUUUCACUUGAUCUGGGAACAGAGACCUACAGACAGUUGAUGCCUCCUUUUGGUUUUGAUGCAUUGUCACCUGUAGAGCCAUCUAUAUGUAUAUUGAUGGACUGUCUUUGCUUUUCUCAUGAUGAUAAGAGAACUGAUUUUGUUAUAUGGAAGAUGGAAGAAUUUGGAGUUGAAGAGUCUUGGACUCAACUUCUUAGAAUUAGUUACCAGGAUCUUCAGAGUAUGCAUCAUGACGUUGUUGACUUGCAAUAUUCUCAAUGGUUGCCAUUGCACCUAUCUGAUCAUGCCAAUACACUGAUAUUGGCUAACAAACAAGAAAGGCAGGCAAUUCUAUAUAAUUUAAGAGACAAUAGAGCAGUGCGAACUAGAAUUACCGAUGAAAUACAAUGGUUCUCCGCUAAGAUCCAUGUCGAAAGCUUGUUUUCUGACAUUUUGGAACUUCAGGCACUUCAACCCUAA